AUGUGUCCAAAAUACCCUCUUGUCCUGAUAUUUGGGAUCAUCCUGAGUCUCCCCCAUCCGUCCUCAUCUCAGAAUUGGACAUCGUUUCAGCAGAAGCACAUUGUAGGCGCAGCAACCGUCAACUGUGACACCAAGAUGCAGAACAGCAUAUUCAUCAUAAUGGGUCGCUGCAAGCCAGUGAACACUUUCAUCGUUUCAUCUGCUACCACUGUAAAGGCCAUCUGUAGCGCGGUGUCAGGCCGCGCCGAUGUAUCAAGUUCCUCAAGGUUCCAGCUCAUCACUUGCAGACGCGCAUCUGAUGUGACUCCCCCUUGUCCAUAUAAUAUCACAAAUGACAAUAAUUUAAUCUGCAUAAGAUGCGAGAACAGACUUCCUGUGCAUUUUGUCAAAAUGGGAAAAUGUUAAGAAAUUGUUUCUUGAAAUGUUUUGCUGCAGACAAAAAUCUUGUUUUGC